GCUGUGGGAACAGUGCCCUUAGCUACGAGUUGUCCCUUGUGGGCUUCCCUGAUGUGACCAGCGUGGAUUAUUCAUCAGUGGUAGUGGAUGCCAUGCGCACCCGUAUCCGCCCACAUGCCCACAUGCCUCACCUACGCUGGGAGACCAUGGACGUGCGGGCCUUGGACUUUCCCUCCGGCUCCUUCGACGUGGUGCUUGAGAAGGGCACACUGGAUGCUCUGCUGGCUGGAGAAGAGGACCCCUGGACCGUGUCCUUGGACGGUGUCCAUACUGUGGACCUGGUGCUCAGUGAGGUGAGCCGGGUGCUGGUCCCGAGGGGCCGGUUCAUCUCGCUGACCUCUGCUGCCCCCCACUUUCGGAGCAGGCACUAUGCCCAAGCCCGCUACGGCUGGUCCCUAAGACACACAACCUAUGGCGAUGGUUUCCACUUCCACCUCUACUUCAUGUACAAGGGCAGGGAGCUGAGUGGGGCCCAGCUGGCUCUGGGGGCCCAGCUAUUCUUACCCCCCAGGCCUCCCCCCACCCCCUGCUUCCUCCAGGACUCAGACCACGAGGACUUCCUCAGUGCCAUCCAGCUGUAA